AUGUUUCACUUAUCUUUCGGGUUUCAACUGUCUUUGUUACAAGAGAGGGUGGAGUUGGUGAAUUUGAAAAAUCAACUUAAAAAUCGAGAAAAGCUGGACAGUUUUAUUAUGUUAGAGUCAAGGAAUAAAUGCUUUGAUACCACUCUCAAAAUUGACCUCAGAGAUCAAGAACCACAGGAAGCGAUUUCGUUUUUAAAAAUCCAUAUAUGGAUCGGCUACAACCUCAGAACUGUGCGUCACAUAAAUGCAAUAACCGGAAAUACAAAUCAAGAUUUGAGGUUAAAGUUAAAGAUCAGUAAUUUCUUAUUUCAUACAAAUGUUCGUUCUGAAGAAAAUAGCAACAGAGAUGGAUUUGAUAUUGCAUUUUAUCCCGGCGAAAAAGACGCUAUCUUUCCUUUUGAAGAGAUUCGGCCGGGGAAUGAUUCUGAUGUACAAAGUUGGGAGAGAGUUUUACAAUCUUUAUUAUCGUGUAACAAGUUUCAUGAAAAUAUUAACUUACAAGAUGUUGGAACAAUUGCCGACUGUAGAGAUUUCAAGGACCAAACAUCAGAAAUGGAAACUCAAGUCAUAUAUGUUGAGAAGCUUGUUGAAGAGUUUAUAUCUACCGGACAACUAAAACUUGCAAAUGAAUGGAAACAACAUGCAAAAGCAUCAAGAAAGAAGAUAGAUAAUGAUAAGAAGAAAAAUAGCUUCAAGCUAAUUGAGUUGAGGCAUAAAGAAAUUCGAAAUCAAAUAAUUUUUGAUUUACAUGGUCUCCAUACUGAUGAAGCUCUAUGGUUUGUAAAGCUUCAUCUAUUCUUGUUUUAUAACCUUCGGACUGUAAAAGUGAUAUAUGUAAUCACUGGGCAUGGUGAAUCUAGAGCAAAUGUUUCGGUGCUGAAAGAGAAGGUCGGUAAACUGUUAAAAAAAAUUGGAAUCCAACCUCUACUUUCAAAUAAAGGCCAAUAUGAAAUACAACUUCCUGAGGAACAAAAAGAUUUUAACUGUUUGUUGGAUAAUUCAGAUUGUAAUUGA